UUUCGUUUUUUCAUCACAGUCAUCAUUCCACUCUUUAUUUCUCAUUGAAAUAUUGGAAUUUAAUUCAGAAAAAUAUUCAAUAUGAUGUUAUUUAAAAGAUUAUUAUUUAUCAAUUUGUGUUUAUUAUUUAUUGCUGCUUUGAUAUCGGCUAAACCUACUGGAGACUCUUCUGAUAUUUCUGCAGAUUUCGAUGAUGAUUAUGAAGACAAAGAUACUGAAUUACAAAGAGAUCAACCUUAUAACACACAAAUAGAGCCAUUUGUUCCAAGUCAAGAUUGUUCAGGUCCAGGAAAAGUGAGUAUUCAUGUAGCUUGCUUACCUCAGAGCAUAGAAAUUAGAGUUGAUCAAGAGGGAACAGAUGAUACAUUACUCUACGUUGAAGGCCACCGAGAUGAUCCAGAGUGCAAAAAAACAUUCCCUUCUAUUACUAAUAGUUUUCAAGUAAACUUUGGCAAAUGUGGGGUAGAAUUGAUUGGAAAUAAAGCUAGAUAUAAUUUAAUGGUGCUUAGACACAAUGUAAUUGAUAACGGAGAUUCAAACAUUCAUGAUAUUACUUGCUAUUAUCCAUCCAAAAAUGGAACUGCUGCUAAAAAGUUGAUCGUUGAUAGAGCACCAUCAUCUAGACAAAGCACAAAUACAAGUAUCAUGGUGCCAGAUCCUACUCACAAAAUGUAUAUUACUACUCUUGAUGGUACACCCGUCGAAAAUGCCAAGCCAGGAGAUAAAUUAGUUGCAAUUAUUUCUAUCCAUCCAAAACUCUAUAAAGCAACUGUAAAAAAUUGUGAAGUUAAAUCCAAUGAUGAAAGUCAUCCAGACCAUUACUUGGUUACUGAUGAACAUGGUUGUGCCACCGACGUACAGAAUUUCGGACAAUGGGAAUGGCAUGAUGAAUCACAUUCAUUGCAAGCUAACUUUAAGGCGUUCAAAUUUCCCGACAAUGGAAACAUCAUGAUUACAUGUGAUGUUAAUUAUUGCUACGAUAAAUGUGAACCUCUCAAUUGCCCUAAUGAUCGUCCUUGUUGGCUCAAAGAACAAAGGAAUUAAUUAACGAAUACAACAUAAUAUUUGGAUUGAUUGCACAUUUGUUUUUAUUGCCAGGUCGAAUGGAUCGGCCAUACAUAGUUUUAUCAGUAUUUAAGAUUUCUUUUAAAUUAAUUUUCCUGUCAAUAUACAAACGAUUGGUUUUACUAAUUUUUUUCUUUUUUUUUUUCUUUUUGUCAAUACUUAAUAUAAUGUAUGAGUAUUUAACGUAAUAAAUAAUAAUGAAUAUUGUUUAUUUUA